GGUGGGGCUGAUGCUCUGGGAGGGGCCACGGGUCCCCUCACCUCCCUUCUGUGCACACCGGGCUAUCCAAGCGCCCGCGUCUGGAGCAGAGGCCUCGGGGCGGAGUGGGGGGGGGCGCCCAUUCCGCCGGCCAUGGCGGAGCACCUGGAGCUGCUGGCGGAGAUGCCGGCAGUGGCGCGGAUGAGCACGCAGGAGCGGCUGAAGCAUGCGCAGAAGCGCCGGACGCAGCAGCUGAAGAAGUGGGCGCAGUUGGAGAAGGAGGCCCAGGGCAGGAAGGCCAGAGCAGACAAGCGGCGGAAGAGCAGCCGCAAGGAGAAGCGCGUGCUGUUCCCGGAGAGCACCAGGUUACUGGAGGCCGCGUCGCGCAACGACGUGGAGGAAGUGCGCCACUUCCUUCAGAGCGGCAUCAGCGCCAACGUGUCCAAUGAAGAUGGCCUCACUGCUCUGCACCAGGGAAGCAGCCUCUCCAG